GCCAAGGCUACCUUCUACACCCUUCUCGAAGACCUCAAGUCAGCAUCUCUCGAUCACAGCGUCUCUCUCCAGCCCUCGGCCCUGCGUCGUCAGCUUUGCCCCUGCCUUAGUCUAUCCCCCGAUCUAUUAUUCUACCCCACCAGCGUAUAUAUUAAGACCUCGCCCCGCCACCGCCGCCAUGGCCGACUCCAAAACCCCACCGAACGACUCCUACUCCACAAUGGACACAUCAGACCCAACCCUCAUCGGCUCCCACUGCCAGGACCCCUACUGCAACCAACUCGACUUCCUCCCUUUCCGGUGCGAAUCCUGCUUCGGCACAUUCUGCCUCGACCACCGCUCCGAAACUGCCCACAAAUGCCCCAAGGCUGGAGACUGGGCGCGGCGUCGCGCAGCCGCCACUGCAGCCUCGUCUACAAGCAACGGCCACACCACCCUCGCCGUUGACACACCGAAACCCUGCGCCAGCCCGGUUUGCAAGACCGUCACGAGCGCCGCGGGUCGUAAUCCGGGCGUGCACUGCUCCGGGUGCAAUCGCACAUACUGCCUGAAGCAUCGGCUGAAGGAGGACCACGACUGCAAGAACCUUGUGCCGAUUGGGGCGCGGCCUGCGCGCUUCGACACGACGGCGACCACUGAGAAAGCGAAGCUGGCAUUUGGGCGACUGAAGGCGUGGGGCUCGGCAAGGAAGAUCGAGGCGGAGAAGGCGACGACGAGGGUGCUGCCUAAGCCGAAGCCGUCGAGUACGGCGGCAAGGCUGGUGGCGGUGAAUACGCUGAAGAAAACCGCGAAGGGGGACGAGAAGUUAGCGCCGGAGAAGAGGGUGUAUAUAUAUGUUGAGGCGGAGGCGGCGACCACGAAAGCGAAAUUUCCGAAGGGCGAGUUCUUCUACAGCAAAGAUUGGGUUAUAGGACGGGUUCUGGAUGCGGCGGCGAAGAGCCUGCAGGUGCAGAACGUUAAUAACCAGAGCGAGGAUGAAAGGGAGAAACUACGGGUUUUCCAUGUGGAAGGUGGCCGACUUCUCGAGUUCGGAGAGAAGGUUGGCGGUGCUUUGGUUAGUGGGAACACGAUUGUUUUGUUACGGGGUGUCGGACCUGCGAUCCCGAAUUUGAUCGAGGUAUGAAGAUGACCAUGGACAUCUGUUGCAGUUAGCUUGAACUCCAGGGAUUUUGCAUAUACAAGGCGUUCUGGGAGCGAUGAUCAAGCAUUAUUAUAUAUCACUGCCGUUUCCUCCCUACUUUUGAGCAUGGGAAAUACACUAGCGCAAGAAUGAAGUCUUUUAUUUCG